AUGGCGGAAGUAAUGGAUUCAAAGUUUGAACAACGCAGAGAUAGAAUCAGCAACCUACCAGAUGCGCUUCUUUGUCACAUCCUUUCAUUUCUUCCCACUAAAUUUGCUUUGGGAACUAGUAUCCUGUCAAAAAGAUGGAGGUACCUUUGGAAAUCUGUCCCGAUUCUCGACUUUGAUGAUGAUUUACUGCUGAAUCGAAAUGCGGCCACGCCUGCUGAACUUGAAGAAAGAACAAUUAUGUUUUUGAAUUUUGUGGACAGAGUAUUGUUUCACAGUGAUGUCUCAUCUGUUCAAAAGUUCCGUCUCCUUUACUAUGGUAGUCGUCUGGACUCUGUUUAUUCGUGGAUCUGCACUGCGCUUGGCCGUCGAGUUCAAGAGCUUGAUCUCAACUUCCUUAUGCUACACGGGGAUAUUGAAUUGCCUCCCAUGUUUUUCAUUUCCAAAACAUUAGUGGUUGUGAAACUCUGGCAUGCGAUCUUUCUUGAUAUCCCUUCUACAGUUUGGCUUCCAAAUGCAUUUUCGAGCUUAGAUGAAGAAGAAGAACAGGAGUACGAAGUUGUUGUUGAUGCCCCAAAUCUUGAAUACUUUACUAUCACAGAUUAUGUAUCAAAGAAGCAUUUGGUGAACAAUAUAUCUUCCUUGAUUAAAGCAUUUAUUGAUAUUGGGCCAGAUAGUGAAGAAUUUGAAGAAAGUUCACAUAAUGGUCAUAUGUCUUACCGUGGUCGUAUAUCCGAGCUUCUUAGAAGGAUUUCAAAUGUUUAG